AUGGAGCAGGAAGAUGAGGAGAUGACCGCACCCACGGUGGUGACAAAACAGAUCGUCACAUACGGGUCAGGGCUCACUUGGAUCCCGGAACAAAAGACGGCCGAGGGAGUCACAUGGUUCAAAGUGAGCAAGUGGGAUCGAGGAUUGUUUCGGUUCGUGUACGGCAAGGGCUUGGAUCUGAGGAAGAAUACGGACAAUCAAAACUUGUCACUCGACACACCUUUCUUCGAGAACAUGUUGACCCGUCGCCAAGAAGCAUUCAACGAGGCUAUCUCCGAAAGACUCAAGGAUGAAGAGAAUGACGAAGCCCCACAGCCGGAGAAGGCCCAGAAGAAGACCAAGAAAACCAAGGAGUUCAAAGCUACACAAAAGCAUGAGAUUUAUGCACCCCACAGCAUUGAGAUUCACUUGCCCGGCGAGACCGAGGAUGGCAACAAGGUCCAAUGCCGAACUUUGUUCGAGGGGGUGGGCACUCGGACUAUGUGGCUGGAACUGAAGGACGAUGUCGUGAAGCACAUCCAGACCAGCUUCAAGCAUUCUGAGGCCAAGCCACGAAAGACGAUCAAGCCUAGAAAGGCCAAGGCCUACAGGAAGUAG